AAUUAAUCUAUAGAGUAUAGAGAGGGCUCAGUAAUCAGCAAUGGGGCGAUUUAUUUUCGUAGCAGUUUUCAUGGUGGUGGCAAUUGCAAAUUUUUCAAUUUUUGGAACUUGUAAAGUAGCUGAUGUUGUUGUUUUGUCUAGUAACCCUAAUGAAGAAAGAGAUAAAUUAGCUACGGUUCAAGAAGAUGAGGAAAUUGAUGGUGGUUUCUCUUCCUUAGAUGGAAUGUUACAAUGGGCUAUAGGGCAUUCAGAUCCCGGAGUACUAAAAGAAAGAUCAGAAGUUGCUCAACGCAUGUCUCCGGAGGAGCUAAACAAUCGCCAGACCGAACUAAAGGAACUGAUGGAGAAGCUAAAAAUGCCCUCAGAUGCGCAGUUGAUGCAGAUUGCAGUUAAUGAUUUAGAUAAUUCAUCCCUACCUCUGGAGCAUCAUCUUCGUGCCUUAGAGGAGCUGUUGGUACUUGUUGAGCAUAUUGAUAAUGCAAUUGAUCUGCAGAAACUUGGAGGCUUCAGUGUACUUAUAAGAGUACUUAAUCAUUCUGAACCAGAGAUAAGGACUGCUGCAGCAUGGGUUCUUGGCAAAGCCAGUCAAAAUAACCCCAUUGUUCAGAAGCAGGUCCUGGAACUUGGGUCAUUGACAAUGCUGAUGAAGAUGAUGAAAUCUCACACCACUGAAGAAGCAGUAAAAGCUUUAUUUGCUAUUUCAGCACUAAUAAGAAACAAUUUGAAAGGCCAAACUUUGUUUUAUCAGGAAGCUGGAGAUACAAUGCUUCAGGAGGUUCUUAGCAAUUCAAAUCUGGAUAUCAGGUUACAUAAGAAGUCACUGUUUCUUAUUGCUGAUUUAGCCGAGAGUCAGCUGGAAAAUGAGAACACUGCUGAGGUUUCCUUUUUUAGCAAUCGAUUGUUACUGAAGGCCAUCAUUGAUUUAAUGGUAUCGAGCGAUCUUGAUCUAAUAGAAAAGGCCCUUUGCGCAAUCAAAAACAUACUACUACUUAGAUCGACUGAAGUUCACCUCUUCAGGGAUUUCUGUAAAUUAAACGAGGUACUUGAGAGGACGAGGCAACAGUUGCAGCAGUUAAAUGAUCUUAGAGAAGAAUACGCAAUGGAUGUAGAGAGUCUUCGCAAAGAAGUUAACCAGACCUUCCUUCAAAAGCUGAAUAAGGUUACACAAGCUGCAUUAUGAUCCGGUUUUUGAACUUUAUACUACUUGUAUUCUGCUCUGUGGGGAAGGCGCGGAUGUAGCCAAGUGGAUCGAUAUCUUCAUCAUCACCACGCCAUUGGUUCAUCUGGACAUGGACUUGAAAUUGGUACAUCAUCUGCUUAGCACAGCACUAAUAUGAGAUGGAUAACAUUAUGAGCUGACGACGAUGACUUGGGCUGAUUUUAUAAGUGCUACUAUUUAAGUUAUAUCCAAUUGUCUCAAGUAUUUAACUUUUGAUCAAUUUUGUUAAAGUGAUAGCAAUGUAAUGUAUGUGAACAGACAGGUUGAUUUUAUAAGUUAUAUCCAAUUUUCUCAAGUAUUUGACUUUU